ACCGUUAGAAUCGCUAAAUUCUAACUGUUGCAGCCUGAGAGACUAACAGCAUGAGUCAUUCGACGCUAGUGGUGCUGUCGGUGGCGGUGAUUAUCGCGCAAUCCGCCGCGGGAUACAAUAUAUCACCCGCACCAAACGUGAUAUUCGGUGAACCAAGCGAUCGGGGGAAAAUUCCCAAAGUUCGCGGCUCGUACUUUGGUUUGGCACUGCAUCUCAGCGGUGACAGUGUUUUCGUGGGUGCUCCAAGGGCCCAAUCCACCUCGCGGAAGCAGUUCACGAUCAACGAACCGGGAGCGAUUUACCGAUGCAGUUUUGGGUCUGGGUUGUGUGAACAAUACUUGGAGCUGGAGGAUCGUGGCACUGAGCAUGGGGUCAUUAAAUCGGAACAGUAUUUUGGCGCUACCUUGGAUGGUGAUGAGGGAACCAUCGUUGGAUGUGCUCCGCGAAUGAUCGGAGGUAGUGAUGACUAUCGCGCCAUGACGGGUGCCUGCUACACCAGAGUGAAUGGAACGACACGCUCCCAGCGGCAGGCGUUCAAUUAUCACACAAAGAGUUCCGCGUUUGUUGGUGCCCUGGAGGGGUUUGCCGUGCAUUUGGUUCGCACGGCGGCAGGUGAAGUGGUGGAAGUGGUUACCGGCAUGCCAGGGUACAAUUACACCGGAUCAGUGAUGAUAUACGGGGGUGAUCUGCGGCUUGGCACUUUUCUGAAUACGGAUCACCUGCAGGAGCAUGGUUAUUUCGGGUUCAGCGUCAGUUCCAUGGUAGUGGAAAAUGAAACAUUCUAUCUAGUGAGUGCACCUCGAUUCAAUGGCGAGUUUGGGAGGGUGUUUGUUUUCAAGAAAUUACCCAAAUCUCCUAAGAAGGCGGAAAUGGAAAUAAUCAACAUUCUUUAUGGUGACAGCCUCGGCGACUAUUUUGGAUAUUCGCUGUGUACGGAAGAUAUCAAUGGUGACGGAUUGAUUGAUAUUGUUGUCGGAGCCCCGUUCUCAUCGAGAAACUUCGUUCUGGACAAUGGAGCGGUGUAUGUGUUCAUCAAUAAAGGAAUCGCUUCAAACGGAUCGCUGGCCCUUGAAAGGCAGGAACCGUUGCACGGAAACACCAGCACUGGUGGUCAGUUCGGAUACUCAAUCUCAGCAAUUGGUGACAUCAACCAAGACGGAUACAACGACAUUGCGGUUGGCGCACCUUUUGAAGGGAGUGGGCGAGUUUAUGUCUUCCAUGGAUCAUCAGGAGGAAUCUCAUCGAGGACAGCCCAAAUUUUGAACGGUUCGAAAGACGAUCGCGUCUCAUGGAUGUUCGGAGCGGGCAUCUCAAAAGGCUCCGAUAUUGACAACAACGGUUACAACGAUAUUUCCGUAGGAGCUCCGCUGGAAGACACGGUUUACGUGUUCAAAACGUAUCCAAUCGUGCGGCCAAAAGUGAAUAUGACUACAUCGAAGACAGUCAUAGUUAUUAAAGAUGCAAUUGAUCAUACCGAGCCGAUCGACGUUGUGCGAGAUAAUUGCGAUGUCGUUAUUUGCUACCACUUGGAAAACUAUGAUCGCAAUGCGAGUUAUGACUUCAGAAUUAAUUUAACAUUCGAUUCCGGCCUUCGACGGGCAAAGUUUGAAAACAGCUCGUCUUAUGCGACAACUGUUCAAAUAUCCCAGGAAGAAUCUUGCUUCGUAUUGAACCUAACUAUUCGAGCUUCCUUCUAUCAACUAUCGUCCCCGGUCAAACUGGAACUUAAUUACGCAAUCAUCAAUCAGAACAUCUCCACCCGAACAUUUUGCGAUCACUGCGUGAUCCAAGAGCAAAGCCCGCGGCAAGAGUUCCGUGUGGUGCGAAAACUUCUUUUUCAACCCGACUGUGAAAAAGAAAGCUGUGCUACUGAUCUCAAUUUGCGAGUUAGGUUCCGGAAUUUUGCCUCCCCUUUCAUACUGAACAGUAAUCGAACCCUGGAAAUUCGAUAUGAAGUCAGCAAUCUUGGUGAAGCUGCGUAUGGAACCAUUUUGGAGAUAUCCUUCUCCCAAAAUGUGAGCUUCUUCAAAACGCCAGUAUUUUGUGAGGACGCCGCGGGGGGUUUAAGCUGUAUGAUCAAUUAUGGGCAGCCGGUGAGGAAGGGUAUGGUGUUGUUGGUGAAUCUAACCCUGGAUGCCUCCAGUAUUAGCGAAGGGAUGUUGCAGAUUGAAGCCCGACUGCUGAGUGAUGGUAAUGAUACAGUUAGCGAUGAUAAUGAAGUUUCUAGUGAGAUUCAAAUUGUCAGAUUCAGCGCCGUUCAAAUGCUAGGAAACUAUAAUCCUUCCUCUGUAAGCGUCGAUACGGUGGAAAAAAAUAUUUUAGUCGGCUUCAAAUUGAAUCUGGACAACUUUGGUCCAAGUAAUAUCGAAAGGGCUACAGUGUCGCUCUAUAUUCCUUUGGAAUAUGUUGACGCAAACAUUUCUUUUCCACUUUUAUUCUGGGAGGAGUCCAAUUUGAAGAUAUUCUAUGAUGAUAGCGAACUCAAUUGGACGCAAUCCGAACCCCUUGAGACCCUUGAAUCGGACCGAUCAGAAGCAUACAUCGAAACCUACGAUUCGAGGGAACAAUUUCUGUUCGACAAAAAAGGGUCUUCCAUCAGAUGCUAUGACCCAUCAAUCAUCUGCACGAAUAUUUCCUUCUUCUUAGAAAACUUCACAACCGAUAAGGGCCACGUCCAAAUUGAGUUCGAUCUGCAAGUGUUCCCACAGGCUAUCGUCCAUCUCAUGGGCAAUGAUCUCGAGAAGCUAACACUCGACAUCACCUUCGAACUGAACAAACCAUCACGCGAGAUAUCCCGAUCUACCGCACGACGCGUUGUUUUCUACCGAACCAUACCGGUAGCACCAAUCUGGAUUUACGUGAUCUCAGCCGUUCUGGGACUGGCUCUGCUAUCGGCCAUUACGUACAUUCUGCACAAGCGCAAUUUCUUCAAACGUAUGUCACAAGCCGAGAUGGAGGCAUGGCUGUAUCAGGCGAAUCACAAUACAGAUUUCGCCAGAAUGGGAGGCAGCGUGAUGACCAUCAACGGCGAGAGAGGAAUAGGUCCAAAAGAAUUGUGAUAUCUUCCCCAGCAAUCUUGCACAAAUCUUAAAUUUCGAGCCAAUCACUCAUAAUCGUUAUUUAUUAAUAUCAACUAUAUUUACAAACUUUUUUUUAAAAAAAAUGAUAAAUAAAACUUGAUUUCA